AUGUCGAUCUACAACCUCUCAUCGUCUUCUACAUCAUCCCUCGACAGCUGUACGUCUCUACCGUCGUCUACCCCUGAAUCUGUCCUCGCUUUGUACCCAACAAGCGACUUCAUGUCACCUCCUUCUGGAGCUGCCUUACCAGUGCCUGGUCCUCGACGACCUCGCUCAGCCUCUUUUGGUGAACGACGAGGACACCAGUUAUCCAUCCAAAUUAACACGGCCAAACCCAUCGGAGAAGUCGCGGUGGCAAAGGGGCACUUGGAACCACGGGCAGGUGCGUUGCCUCGCAGACCACGAAGGAAACAGCCCGAAGUUGCUGCUGCUCCUGAACCCGUCAGAAUCGAAGAGUCUCAAACAUUCAAUCUGUUCGUUGGCGGCCACGGUGGCAGCAAAGAGGAAUAA